AUGUCGAGCUUCUCCAGACACGUUUUUGCCAAGAACACAACUCAAGUGAUCGUCAAAAUGAUUAAAGCCUCGUCUGCUAUCCUGCUGCUGAGUCUGGCCGUGUUGGCCAACUCGGAGCCACUGCGUCAAAGAUUCGUACCACGUCGAGGCCUGGCACGUCAGGAGCAGGCAGCGCCACCGAGCCCAGCGCCCACGGGCUAUCCGGAGGCGGGCAUUACUCCCGAGGUACCAUUCGAACUGCCAAGCUCAACCGCCCAACCGGAAGCCAGUUACCUGCCACCGGAUAACACAUAUGGACCACCGGACAGUGUCUACGGACCACCCACAAGUGUGGAUGAGGUGGCGCAGCCAGAUCAGGUGCCAGAGGCAGAGCCAGAGCAGCCCAUCGAAACGGACGACAUACCAGCUCCAGAGGAUGAGUUGCCCGUCGAUGCCAAGCAGCAGCCAGCCGCAGAUGUUGAUGAAGAGGAAGUGAUUGUGCAAGUGGCCGAAGAUGGAACCGUAAUUGCCCUAUCCACGACACUGGAUCAGCCCCAGGACAAUAAGCCGGCUAGGAUCUAUCAACGCUUUCCACAGGGACGCCGCCGCCAGCAGCCGGUGCCUCAGCGCUUGGUGCUGCGCAGCAGGUGGUAAAAUUAUAACCUAAGUCAUGUAAGGGCUAUUAAUAAA